AUGGACUUGUUCGCUGCAGGCUUCAAUGCCUGGAACCAAUUAUGCUUCGUGCCGGAAUCGGGAGAUGUUGCCGAGCCUAAAGACCUAUCGACAUUUACAAAAGUCCUUGAUGACGACUGCCUUGAACGACCUCGAGCAGGCUUAUACUACACGCUAGUCCGCGGCCGCGCCGGGUACUAUCGUGCCGGUAUCGGGGUCGAGACCGCAAGUGAUGAAGAUAUCCAGCGAAGUUACCAGGCCUGUCGCGCUGGCAACGGCCUCACUGUGAUCUUUGACGGUCCUACAUCUGCCGAAAAUACGGGUGUGAGGCUUGGGCCUAAUAAACACUUUCUAACAGUGCAUCCUUGUUAUGACGACUUUGUAUCAAAGUCCAACCCCACGAGUUGGCCAUGUAAUAGCCAGGUGCAAGAGGUGGCCUCUUUCGCCGCCGGGUUUAUAAUCCUGUAUCAAAACGGCGAGGUAGCCACGAUGGGUGAUCCGCGAUACCAGGACUGCCUUGCUAGAGAAGUUACAUCGGAUGAGUGA